CCUCCUCCACCUGCCCUGCUCCCAGAAAAUUUGGCGGCGUUGUUGCCAGGACCGGACCGUCUGCGGGGUGGCUGCAGGGUUCUGCCCCACCGGCCCCCCAGCUCGCCCCGCUCUGUCUGGCUGGGCUGGUCCGAGGCGGCCUGAUUCAGAAUGACUUUGUACAGGUGGGGGCAGCGAGAAGGGGACCGCGCCUAGUGACGCUGCUGCUGUGCCCCCAGGGCACACUGGUUUUCCAGUUAAAAAAUUCGACCUGGAGGCUCCGGUCCUCUUUCCUGCAGUCGAGAUCGAUCGCCUCGGCUCUAGAUUUCUGUGGCUCUUCAAGGUGUCCGUCUUCCUCUUGGGAGCUGGCAUGGUUUUGUUUGUGCUCAGAGCGGUGAACCUUCAUGAAGAGUUCAGUCUCCACCCAGAGUUCCCUCGUCCUGCUCAGGCUGUCCACAUGCCAAAGCUGCUACCUGAGAAACAUCUCAGGAACCUCUUUUCCUACGAUGGAAUCUGGCUGUUCCCGAAAAACCAGUGCCAGUGUGAAACCAAAGACCAGGGCUACCGCUUUCAGGAUGGCUAUGGCUGGACAGACCUCCCUGCCGUGAAGGCCAGGAGGCAGGCUGAAUUUGAACACUUUCAGAGGAGAGAAGGGCUGCCACGCCCACCGCCCCUGCUGGCUCCGCCCAACCUCCCCUUCGGGUACCCGGUCCACGGGGUGGAGGUGAUGCCGCUGCACACGGUUCCUAUCCCAGGUCUCCAGUUUGAUGGACCCAACGCCACCAUCUACAAGGUCACCCUGACUGCUUCUCUGGGGACAUUCCACACCCUCGUUGACAUCCCGGACAGUGUGGUGCAGGGCAGAGGCCAGAAGCGGCUGACCAUUUCGACCAGGGACCGGAAGCUUUUGAAUUUCAUCCUCCAGCACGUGACCUACACCAGCACAGUGUACCAGCGCCACAGGCUGGAUGUGGUGAGUCUGGAGUCCAACUCCUCAGUAGCCAAGUUUCCAGUGACCAUCCGCCAUCCCGUCCUCCCCAAGUUAUAUGACCCUGGACCAGAGAGGAAACUCAGAGACAUGGUGACUAUUGCCACCAAAACUUUCCUCCGUCCCCACAAGCUCAUGGCCAUGCUCCGGAGUCUUCGUGAGUAUUACCCAGACUUGACUGUGAUCGUGGCUGAUGACAGCAAGGAACCUUUGAAAAUUAAUGACAACCGCGUGGAGUACUACAUCAUGCCCUUUGGGAAGGGCUGGUUCGCUGGUAGGAAUCUGGCCAUAUCUCAGGUCACCACCAAAUACGUUCUCUGGGUGGACGAUGACUUUCUCUUCAACGACAAGACCAAGAUUGAGAUGCUGGUGGAUGUUUUGGAGAAAACUGAGCUGGAUGUGGUAGGCGGCAGUGUGCUCGGAAACGUGUACCAGUUUAAGCUGUUGCUGGAACAGGGUGAGAAUGGCGACUGUCUUCACCGGAGGGUAGGAUCUUUCCGGCCCCUGGACGGCUUCCCCACAUGCACGGUGACCAGCGGCGUGGUCAACUUCUUCCUGGCCCACACAGACCGGCUGCUGAGAGUUGGCUUCGACCCCCGCCUGCAACGGGUGGCUCAUUCAGAGUUCUUUAUUGAUGGGCUUGGGAGCCUGCUCGUGGGGUCCUGCCCAGACGUGAUCAUAGGUCACCAGGGCCAUACAUCAGAGGUAGACCCGGAGCUGGCCGCCCUGGAGGAGACCUACAGCAAAUACCGGACCAACACCGAUGCCCAAAUCCAGUUCAAGAUGGCUCUCCACUACUUCAAGAACCGCCUCUACUGCCUCACAUAAAGGUGCCCAGACAUCGGAAGAGCACCAGGUCCACCGGCUGGGGGUGUCUGGAGCAGUGGGGCCAGCGGCCAGGCUACCAAACAGUGGGCUCCUAAAAAGAUGAACAUUAUCACAAACCACAUAGUGUAUAGGGCAAAUGGGGUGGAUUUGGUUACUGGAAAGACCCAUCGAAGGCUAGCGGUCAUUAGCCCCGGUCACUGAUCAGGGCAAUGGAGACCAUAUUAAUGAUGAUUAUUUAUUUGUUCGAUGCCUUGCUAUUGAUGAACCAUUUGCACAUAUAGUAUCUCACAUCAUUUCCUUAGGUCUCACAGGAAAGAGGGUUCGUAUCUUCAGUCAAAAGACAGGCUGGCUGCUGGGUCCUUGAGGGUUAUUUGGUGGCAAUUAUGUAACAGCCAGAGCAUCAUCUCCAGCAUCACUGUCAUCCACACAUUUUUAUUUGGUCCUACCUUUCGGAUUUAGAUGAUGGGAACAGCCCAUGAUCCUUGCCUUGAGGAGGUCGUAGCUUGAUUCAGUUCAGUCCACUUGCACCAUCGGGCAGCCAGGGUCAGAGGACCAGAGGGAGAAGUCACGUGGCCCAGGCAGCUGAGGACGGCUCUGUGGGGUGAGCUUUUCGGCACCUGGAAGAUGGAUGGGAUUCAGGCAGUUGGAGGGCGGGCGGGGAGCGUGGGUAGUCUGCUGUCUGCGAGGACAGAGGUUUUCCUGGCAUCAGACUUGCUACCACAAAGACACAUUCCAGAACGCCAGGGAUUGAACUUGGACCACACUCUAAGGUGACGUGAUAAAGAACAUGAGUGUGGUGGCAAGGCACUCAGUUCCUGGGACCUGAGACCAGUGACUGACUACCCUAGACCCAUGUCACCUGCAGCAUGGGGCCACCACCUGUUGUUGAGAAAGGCACUCUGUCGUCUUUGGAGCCUGCAGGCUCUACAAUCGCUGCCCUGGCCCCGCUUACGGUCCCCUCUCUUUCCUACGGAAGAUGCAUGUCUGAAAGCCAUUAAUAAAACUUCGUGAAAAGUA